CCAUAUAGAUCAUUACCGAUUAUUGAGUAGAGUUACCUGUGCUGUACAGUACCGUCCUAUAUUAAGCAUCUUCUAUGAGCCAAGCACUGUGCCCAGCCCUGGGGGUCUUCUCUUCACAGCAGCCUCUCGCAGCAUCCCCACUGCUGUCAUGACUACGUUAUCUUCCCCCUCCAUCAUCUUCACCCAGAGCCCCUACUUGCUUACUCUCAAGGCCACCUACAGAAAAGCACGCCAUGCAGGAAGGAGAGAGAAGUUUCCAUCUCUUUGCAAACAUGUGCCCAAAGCACCCUUUCUUGUGAAAGAUGGUAUAGUGUGUGGUUCAGGGAGGCCAACCAGAGCCAGACUGCCAGGGCUCAAAUCCCAGCUCUGCUGCUGAUUCCCUCUCUGACCUUGGCACAUUAUUUAAUCUCUCUGUGCCUUAGUUUCUUUAUCUGCUGAGUGAGGCUAUACCUGGCACCUCCUCAAGGAGUUGCGGUGAGGAUUCAAUGAGUUAGCAUAUGUCAGGAACCUGGAGAGCACCUGGUAUGUGCUCAGUAAGUAUUAGCUUUUAUUACGAUGGGUCUCACCUGUUAUUUCUACCACCUAGAGUAUGCAUAGAUAUUAUGAACCCCUGCCCCCAAUUCCGAAAGCCUUCUGGGCAACCUGAAAGUAGGGGGACGUGGUUGCCAGCCCACCCCUCGCUCUAGGAAUAUGAGCUCAGCCUUUUAAAAAACCACCUGUCCCCUUUCCAGCCAAGUCCCACAUUUGUUCAAGUGGUCGUGUGCAUGCAUGCACACACACACUCAUACCAUGCUCUCUCGCUCUUCAGGGAAAAAGGACUUCUCCACGGUUUCAGUUAAUUCACUGCUUCCCGGUCCCCCGCCCCAGGGAGCCAUAGGGAGCAUCUGUCCUUGCCGAAUUCCAAAGGUAGCUUAGCAACAGCACCAUCAGCCGAGUGAACCCUGGGCACCCAACGGUAACCUAUUUUACAACUGCCUCCUCCAUCACUCACCGCCAGGCUCCUGUCAGCACCUGCAGGAACCACUGGCCCCAGUCGUCGUCACCAGGGCCCCACGCCAACAGCUCCCUCUGCUGUCCUGCCCCCCCUACUCCGCACCCCCGGCAGCCUGGCUCACCUCUUCCCCUCACCUUCUCACAACACCCACCCUCAAAGCAACCAGCCAACAUUUCCAUAUAAUCUGGGUACUUGGACUAAUCCCUUUUCCGAACUGUAAUUUCCCCCGAGGCUUCUGUCAGCUGGAUGUGGAUUUUGUAGGAUUUUUAAUUUCUUUUUUUUUUUUUAAAGAGAGAAUUAUGGGGUCAGCACUUAUGACCAACUCCUGUGGGCGGUGAGAUCUAUUUUAGAUAUACGGCAGGAUUAAGAUCCACUCGGACUCAGACGAGGGUGACGGGGCCAUCAAGUACACCAUCUCAGGCGAGGGCGCUGGCACCAUCUUCCUGAUCGAUGAGCUGACGGGCGACAUCCACGCCAUGGAGCGCCUGGACCGGGAACAGAAAACCUUCUACACGCUGCGGGCUCAAGCUCGGGACCGCGCCACCAACCGCCUGCUGGAGCCUGAGUCGGAGUUCAUCAUCAAGGUGCAGGACAUCAACGACAGCGAGCCCCGCUUCCUGCACGGCCCCUACAUUGGCAGCGUGGCCGAGCUCUCACCCACAGGCACGUCGGUGAUGCAGGUGAUGGCCUCGGAUGCGGAUGACCCCACGUACGGCAGCAGCGCUCGACUGGUGUACAGCGUGCUGGAUGGCGAGCGCCACUUCACCGUGGACCCCAAGACCGGCGUGAUCCGGACGGCCGUGCCUGACCUUGACCGCGAGAGCCAGGAGCGCUACGAGGUGGUGAUCCAGGCCACAGACAUGGCGGGCCAACUGGGCGGCCUCUCCGGCUCCACAACUGUCACCAUCGUGGUCACCGACGUCAACGACAACCCUCCCCGGUUCCCGCAGAAGAUGUACCAGUUCAGCAUUCAGGAGUCGGCCCCCAUCGGCACAGCUGUGGGACGCGUGAAGGCCGAGGACUCAGACGUGGGCGAAAACACAGACAUGACUUACCACCUCAGGGAGGAGAGCGGCAGCGGCGGCCAUGUGUUCAAGGUCACCACAGACAGCGACACUCAGGAGGCCAUCAUCUUAGUGCAGAAGCGCCUGGACUUCGAGUCCCAGCCCGUGCACACCGUGGUCCUGGAGGCGCUCAACAAGUUCGUGGACCCCCGCUUCGCUGACCUGGGCACGUUCCGCGACCAGGCGAUCGUGCGUGUGGCCGUGACCGACGUGGACGAGCCCCCCGAGUUCCAGCAGCCCUCCGGCCUCCUGGAGGUACAGGAGGACGCGCAGGUGGGCUCCCUGGUCGUCGUGGUGACGGCGCGGGACCCCGACGCCGCCAACCGGCCCGUCCGGUACGCCAUUGACCGUGACUCAGAUUUGGACCAGAUUUUUGAUAUCGAUGCGGACACGGGCGCCAUCGUAAUCGGCAAGGGGCUGGACCGAGAGACUGCCGGCUGGCACAACAUCACUGUGCUGGCCAUGGAGGCGGACAAUCAUGCCCAGCUAUCCCGGGCAUCCCUAAGGAUCCGAAUCCUGGAUGUGAACGACAAUCCCCCAGAGCUGGCCACACCCUACGAGGCAGACGUGUGUGAGGAUGCCGAGCCAGGCCAGCUCAUCCAGACCAUCAGUGUGGUAGACAGAGACGAGCCCCAGAGCGGGCACCGCUUCUACUUCCGCCUGGUGCCUGAAGCUCCCAGCAGCCCUCAUUUCUCUCUGCUCAACAUCCAAGCAGACAAUACAGCCGCGGUGCACACGCAGCACAUGGGCUUCAACCGGCAGGAGCAGGACGUGUUCUUCCUGCCCAUCCUGGUGGUGGACAGUGGGCCGCCCACGCUGAGCAGCACGGGGACGCUCACCAUCCGCAUCUGUGGCUGCGACAGCUCCGGCGCCAUCCAGUCCUGCAACACCACGGCCUUUGUCGUAGCCACGUCCCUCAGCCCCGGAGCCCUCAUCGCCCUCUUGGUCUGUGUCCUCAUCCUGGUCGUGCUGGUGCUGCUGAUACUCACCCUCAGGCGCCACCACAAGAGCCACCUGAGCUCGGACGAGGACGAGGACAUGCGGGACAACGUCAUCAAAUACAACGACGAGGGGGGCGGCGAGCAGGACACCGAAGCCUACGACAUGUCGGCACUGCGAAGCCUCUACGACUUCGGCGAGCUCAAGGGCGGCGGCGACGGCGGCGGCGGCGGCGGCGGCGGCGUGGGCCCGGGCGUGGGCCCGGGCGUGGGCCCGGGGAGCCCCCCGCAGGCCCGUCUGCCUUCGGAGCACCACUCGCUGCCGCAGGGGCCGCCGAGCCCCGAGCCGGACUUCUCGGUGUUCAGGGACUUCAUCAGCCGCAAGGUGGCGCUGGCGGACGGGGACCUGUCGGUGCCGCCCUACGACGCCUUCCAGACCUACGCCUUCGAGGGCGCGGACUCGCCAGCCGCCUCGCUCAGCUCGCUGCACAGCGGCUCGUCGGGCUCCGAGCAGGACUUUGCCUAUCUCAGCAGCUGGGGUCCCCGCUUCCGGCCCCUGGCCGCCCUCUACGCCGGCCACCGCCCAGAAGGCGAGGCCCCGGCCUCCUAGCCCGCCCUCCCUGCAGCCCAGGACCCGACUGGACCCCAGGACAAAGCACGUCCCCUGCUCACCCCCUUCCCCCAACCCUCCCAGGGCGGCGAGACAGGAGGGGGACCUUGUUCGGGCAGCGGACUCCCCGACGGCAUCCCUCCCCUGGGGGGGCGGGGGGGCGGGGGGGGUUGGGCAGCUUUUGCCCAGAAGUGCGGGAAUUAUGACCAACAUCAUUAAAACUGCAGCGAGAACGGGCACUGCGUGGCUCUGGGGUUAGACAGGGAGAGAGGGUGGUGUGGAUCCCUCCUGGCUUAGGGGAGAAGCUGGGGGGAGGAUGCUGCAGAAGUGCCAGCCCAGGAAUGCCCCAUCAGAGUUAAGAGGAAAGAAGGGCUGUUCAUUUACUAAGCGCCUACUGUGUGCUGGGCCUGUACAAAGACCACCUUAGUCAUCACACAAACCUUGAGGUGGGGCCCUGCAGGUAACAGUUGGAGAAAGAAAGCCCCCCGGAGAAGUGGCUGGGACCUGUCCAAGGACACCUUGCCAGUGUACCGUGGAGCCACAGCACUUACCGGCUACCUGGCCUUGGGCAAGUUACCUCUCUUCUCUGGGCCUCAGUUUCCUCCUGUGUCAAACGAGGCAAAUAGCAGAACCUACCUCAAAGAGUCUUGAGGAUAAAAAGGCUUCAUAUGUGUCAAGUGGUUAGGACAGUGCCUGGCACAUAGUAGGUGCUCAAUAAAUGUUAGCCUUUGAUACUGUUAUUAUCUUUGUUGUUAUUAGAAGCCCAGCAUGUCUGCCUCCCAGAUCUGAGCUCUCUCCCCCUUUUCCCAACAUCUCCAAGGAUAUAGAAAACCUGACUAUUGGUGUUGCUUCUGCUCUGAGUCGGGGAUAGGGACGUUCCCAGAAAUUGGAGAGCCUUCCGGUGUCUCAGGCGACACUGGAAUACGACACCUGGCAGGCGUGCCAAGAGAUGACAAGGUGGGCAGCUCCAGGACUUGGAUGAAGUGGGAGGGUUGCUGGGAGAUGGAAGGGUCAGAAGCCACUGAGUGUGAUGGGGACCUUAUCUGUUUGUUCUGGGAACCCAGCAGUUUCCCCAUCCAUGGACCCAAGUUAAGAACCCCAGGGCUAAGUCACCACUAAGAGCCUCCGGCUCUGAAACCAUUUGAUUAUAAGAUAUAGGUUAUUUGUCCUCCUGCCCCACACCCAAGUGAUUAAUUCAUUCUACAUUGAUUGGCUGUGAAUUCCAGCUCCUGCUAGGUGAGCAUCCUUCAUCAAGGUUCUCAACUGCUGAAGCCUCAGUUUCCUCAUCUGUAAAAUGGGGCUAAUGAUAGCCCCUACCUUAAAGGAUGUUAAGAGGCUUAAAGGAGAUAAAGAAUGUUAAGCUCCGAUCCCAGUGCCUUCCUGCCACAUUGAAAGUGCUCAAUAAAUAAAUGCUCAUUUGCCUUAUUCUUUUACCCUCCCAGGG